AUGGAUUUUCAGAAUCGAGUUGGUUCCAAGUUUGGAGGAGGAGGAGUUGCUGGAGCAUCCGAAACUAAUGUGGACCGACGUGAACGUUUGCGAAAACUCGCUCUCGAAACAAUAGAUCUCGCAAAGGAUCCCUAUAUCCUUCGAAACCACCUUGGAUCUCUCGAAUGCCGUCUCUGUCUCACUCUUCACACAAACGAAGGUUCUUAUCUCGCUCAUACGCAAGGAAAAAAGCACCAGACAAACCUUGCGCGACGUGCUGCUCGCGAUGCAAAAGAAACACAGUUAAUGGUCGCACCGGCUCAGAGCACUGUGCAACGAAAAGUCUUCUUGAAGAUCGGACGUCCUGGGUAUCGAGUGACAAAAGUACGAGAUACAGAUACGGGUAAGGAAGGGAUGAUGGUACAAGUUCACUUGCCGCAGAUCAAACCUGGUGUAAUUCCCCGUCGGCGGUUCAUGAGUGCAUGGGAGCAGAAGAGAGAGCCUCCGAAUAAGGCAUACCAGUAUCUCAUCGUCGCCGCUGAGCCGUACGAAACCAUAGCAUUCCGGAUACCUGCACGCGAAAUAGAAGACGAGAGCGACGAUGCUGGAUACUGGAAUUGGUCGCACUGGGAUCCUGAUACGAAGCAGUACAGUUUCCAGUUCAUGUUCCGCCUAGCGUUUUGA